AUGUCGAGCACUCCAGACGAAAAGCCCCAGCGGGCCACCGCAGCCCAGUUGGCGAGCAGGAAAAUCAAGGAAGUUCGAAAACGACGACCCGGGACAGCAUCGGGUUCUGCUCCUCCAUCCAGUCCUUUCUCGUCGAUAGACCCCAAUACCGUCUCUUCCACAUCGGCUGCUCCUCAGUCGUCGAUCUCCAACGGAUUUUCCUUCGGUCAGUCACAGAGCUUCCCGGGAGCAAACUCAAGCUCGACCCCGGCGGCGCAGAACGGAUCAUCACCGUUUUCAUUCGGUACUGGCAGCGGUGGUGGCAACACUUCCUCCUUCAACUUCACAUCUUCAUCUUUCGGCGGCAAUAGCGCAGCCGUGAGCAAUCCGUUCGCGAGCAUCAACACAGGGGCUUCCGCCGCCAACAGCACCAACGGAUUUACCGGGUUUCAGGGAAAUAUGUUCAAUAUUCCUUCCUCUGGCAGCCAGGCUCCGGCCCAGCAACCGUUGCCCACUGGAGGCUUAUUCGGCGCCCAGCCUACCACAACCACGACCACACCUGCCAUCCCAGCUGCGACGGGAAGUAUUUUCGGUCAAGCUGCUACCUCGAGCGCGGCUCCGAGCACCAACAUUUUUGGCCAAUCGAGUACUACUGCUUCUACUUUUGGGUCCCCCAAGGCCCCGACUGGUUUCAGUGUGAGCCAGGACUCCAUGCAGACUUCGCCUGAUCCGAAGGCCAACAAAACAUCAUCCAUGUUUGGCAACGGGACGGCGACGGCACCGAAGAUCAAUUUUGGCGGCUCUUCCUCGUUCACAGCCCCUUCGACCCCUUCCACUUCUACUACCGGUACCGGUCUCUUCGGAACCUCGUCCGAGUCCAAGCCAGCCUUCUCGGCGGCUUCUUCUACACCCUCCCAGCCGCUCUUCGGAGCAAAACCGGCAGCGACCACCACCGCUCCGGCCGCUCCGUCGCUCUUUGGUACGACCACUUCUGCUCCUCCUGCUACUGCUCCUGCAGUGGCCUCUGGCACCACUACCACCACCACACCAAGCCUAUUCGGCAAUCUGACACCGGCCAAGUCUGAUGCGCCAGUCACCAACCCUUUUCAAUCUACCAAUCUGUUUGCCGGUGUCUCUACGCCACUCAGCCAGACCCCUCAGCAGAAACUAGACACAGAGAAACCGAGCGACUCUGCAGCGCCCAAAUCUGGCUUUCAGCCUGCUGUAUCCACCCCGGGAGGUACCUCUCUCUUUUCCAAGAGCGAGGCUACUGGGGCCGCCCCGGCCCCUACCGGACUAUUUGGUGCUAAGCCAGCAUUUGGUGCCUCGCAGCCCGCUCCCACAAACAACAUGUUCGCUCCAAAGCCAGCUGCUGCCCCUGCGGCGCCGGCAUCUACCCCCGCAGCUACCCCGUCAAACCCCUUCGGUAGCCUUUUUGUACCCAAGCCAUCAUCUCCGGCUCCAUCUCCAGCUCCCUCAGCGGCCCCUACUCAGGAGAAACCGCAGGCGAGCCAGGGCCCCUUUGCGUCUCUCUUCUCCCCCAAGCCGGCAACACCGGCCCCGAUGUUUUCCGCACCCACCCCUGCGGCUACUGCAGAGAAGCCGACCAAUCUCUUUGCGCAGGCGCCUUCUUCGCCACUUGCAGCCCCCCCAAGUAUGGCCAAAACCAAGGCAGUCUCAAGUACCGUUGACAGCACGCCUCUAGCUGCUCCUCCCACUGCUAAAGUGGACACCAUUCCAGCUUAUGCUUCCUCAAUGCUACCCUCCGUGGUUCCAAAUGAGCUUGAUGAAUUCUCGAAGAAGCAGUUUGAGCAGAUGUGUCAAAUUCGCAAGCUUAAUGAAGGAUUCCAUCGCGAGAUCACUCAACUGGAUCCUUCAAAGGACAGCCUUGAUAAAAUCAUUCUAUUCUAUCUGCGCGUUCGUGAGACGAUUGGAAUGCCUGUCGGCUCCCAGUUUAAGCGCAAGCCAGAACCUGACGAGCAGGGCACGGCAGACGAGGAUGGUCACACCCAGAAACGAAUCAAAUCGACUGCAGGUAUCACCGAGCCGUCGUCAUCUACCUCAAGUUUGAACAUCGCACCUAGCAGUAUUACUAGCACCCCGUCCAAGCUCUUUGGUGCAAGCGAAACCACCCCCAGCAAUAAGCGCAAGGCCCAGGAAGAAGAAGCCUCCGAUGCCACACCGUCUGGUAAGCGCACGAAGGAUGCCGAUAAUUCCACCACGGCAAAUAUUUUUGCCCAGUCGUUUUCAAAAUCUCCUGCAGCUGAGACCACUCCCAAAACCGAUGGGAUAUCUACCAAGACUGCUCUGUUUUCUUCGGCGCCAGCUGCAUCACCAGCAAAGCCUCUCUUCUCCGCCUCACCUGUCGCUAAGCCCGCAUUCGAGGCCGCCAAGCCUAGCAGUGCUCCAGUCGCCAACCCCUUCACUCUGAAGCCUACUGGUGCCUCGGCUGCAGCACCUGUGGCUGGUCUUCCCAAGUUUGGUGCCCCUAUUGAUUUUAUGGCACAGUUCAAAAAGCAGGCGGACAAGGAUGCUGAGAAGGAAAAGGAGAAACGCAAGGCGGAGGAUUUCGAUUCAGAAGAGGAAGACGAAGCAGAGUGGGAACGCCGGGAUGCGGAAGAACAAAAGAAGAAGCGCGAACAAACCUCCGCCAUGGCGACCAAGCGCGCGAAAUUCAUUCCCGGUAAGGGAUUCUCAUUUGAAGAGGACAAUGAGGCGGAUGAGGCGAAGAAAACCGAUGUCCCGCCUUCGAUCAAUGGCACCGCAUCUUCCACUGAGGCCGGAAAGUCUGUCUUUGAGAUUAAGAGCAAGGCCCCCUCCGCUCAGUCAAGCAACAUCUUCGGCCACCUGUCGGCUACCCCCUCGGAUGCCGAGGCCGAAGAUGACGAUGCUGAUGACAAUGAUACCGACGCUGCCUCUGAAGAUACUGCCCCCAAGAACGGCUCCUUUUUCAUUCCGAGCGCGGAGCACAGCGAUGCUGAGUCCCGAGUGUUCUCGAGCAGUUUUGCUGGUGGAUCAGCAAAUGAGAGCAGUGACGAUGGCGAUAUCACCAGGGCCAUUAAAAAGAAAUCCACCACCACUGCUGAAAAGACCACCGCCGAUACGGAUUCUGCGAAUGGUUCAGCUACCCCUCUUGCUGCACUGACACCCUCGGGUGGUCGCAGUCUCUUCGACCGUAUCCAAUAUGAUGAUGCUGGUAAGCCGAAGCGAGAUGCGGCUGAAGAUAAAAACAUCGGUGGACUGUUUGGCAGUUCAAAAUUCGCCUCAUCCUUUAAUACUCCGGGAUCCACCACCCCCAACCCCUUCACACCGAACAGUAGACCUCCUUCCGCUCAGGGUGAAGCCUCGGGCUCGAGCAGUGUUUUCGGUGGUCUUUUCAAUACCCCGGCCCCCGCUGCCGCGGAAUCAGGCACCGCAUCUGGCAGCGACCAUACCUGGAAGAUCAAUAGCCCCAUCAAGUUCGGUGGCCCUUCUGCUCCAACUUCUGCACCCAAAACGGAGGGCGAAGCAUCCGCUGCAGCCCCCAGCGCGGUCAAACCCUUUUCUACACUCUUUGGCAGCCAGACGCCCAGUGACACCAAGUCAUUUACACCGUCUCAGCAGCCCUCUCUGGGAUUCUCCUUUGGUGGACCGUCGCAAGGUACGCCGUCUCUAUUCGGAGCUCCCACUGGCACUGCUACGCCCAGCCGCUCCACCACACCAGGCAUCGCAUCCGACACGGGAGCGGAAGAGUCUGCGGAUGGUGACGCGGCUGAAAACCUGCCCCAGGUCGAUCUUUCUCGCGGUGGAGCUGGCGAAGAAGAUGAGGACGUGGUCCAUGAAACUAGGGCUCGAGCGCUCAAGUUCAAGGCUGGCGAGGGAUGGGAGAGCCAGGGUGUUGGCUUCUUGAGAAUCCUGAAGAACCGCAAUACCUCUCGUGGCCGUAUUCUUCUCAGAGCGGACCCAAGUGGCAACGUUGUCCUGAAUACCCUUAUUAUGAAGGAAGUCUCCUACAAGGUGAACGGCAGCGGUGUUCAUUUCAUUGUGCCUCAAGCGGACGGCAAACCGGAGCAGUGGGCAGUGAGAGUUAAGAAGGAGGAGACCGCGAAGUUGGCCGCGGUAAUUGAAGAGUGCAAGUCUUGA